CUGCGCCUUGCCUGGCUCCCAGCAGCCGUGUCAGGCUGUCGCUCCCUCCCAUGCUGGCCGAAAGCGCCGGCACCCACGAGCCGGGCUUCACGCGUCCAGCUCUCCGCCCCAUGCAACGUCUCAGGCGCUCGCCUUCCCCAGCCUGAAGUCCAAAGGGGAAGCCAGCUCCCGAGGAAUUUCCGCGCUUUGAGAUGGUGAUGAGAUCCCAGUGAAAUCAUUCCGCUCUACCCCCAGACGUUGUUUUGCUUUCCAUCCAGGGAAGACCAUUUCCCUUGUGGCCCUGUCAAGGAAAGAGUCUCCGAUGGACUUACACCGAGCAGCCUUCAAGAUGGAAAACUCCUCCUACCUUCCCAAUCCUCUGGCAUCUCCAGCUCUCAUGGUUCUUGCUUCCACUGCUGAAGCCAGCCGCGAUGCUUCCAUCCCUUGCCAACAGCCAAGGCCCUUUGGCGUUCCUGUGUCUGUGGACAAGGAUGUUCACAUCCCAUUCACCAAUGGCUCCUAUACCUUCGCCUCCAUGUAUCACCGACAAAGUGGGGUGCCAGGAGCAUUCACCAACCGUGAUUUUCCACCCUCCUUGCUUCAUCUUCACCCCCAGUUUGCUCCCCCCAAUCUGGACUGCACCCCAAUUAGUAUGCUGAACCACAGCGGUGUUGGGGCCUUCCGUCCCUUCGCCUCCACUGAGGACAGGGAGAGUUACCAGUCAGCUUUUACACCUGCCAAACGACUGAAGAACUGCCAUGAUACUGACUCUCCCCACCUUCGCUUCUCAGACGCUGAUGGCAAGGAGUAUGAGUUUGGAGCCCAGCUCCCAUCAGGCUCCCCUGGCUCCCUCAAAGUCGAUGAUACAGGGAAAAAGAUCUUUGCUGUCUCUGGCCUCAUUUCAGACCGGGAGACCUCAUCUAGCCCCGAGGACCGAAAUGAUAGAUAUAGAAGCGACAGCCAAGGAGGGCCACCGGCGUCUGCGGGGGCCAGCCAGCGCAUGACGUUAACUUUCCCUCUCUGCAAAAAGAAGGCAACGCUUUUUGACAGCCAGGCUCCCAUCUGUCCCAUUUGUCAGGUCUUGCUUCGUCCAGGUGAACUGCAAGAGCAUAUGGAGCAGGAACUGGAGAAAUUAACGCAGCUCAACAUCAGGUGUAAAGGCAGAUUUGCACAGGAUAAAGAGGGGUCUACUGAAUCCAAUCUGGACCAAGACCUCCCAGAUCCAUUUCCCAUGUGGUAUCCAGAACUGAUCCAGAAUUGGCUACUUCUCAGAGGAAAGAAGGAAGGGAACAGCCAAGACAUUUAUCCCGCACGGCACCCAGUUCCCUUGUGUGCAUAA